AUGUAUCCCCGUUCUGUCGGAUGUGCCUCUUUCGCCCUGUGGUCACCUGGUGUAAUCCCCUCCAGUAUCCCAGAUCACCCCUAUUCACGGCCGGGUAACCCUGUCCAAAAUUUAUACAUUUUAGCUACACCACGCAAAAACAAAUCACCACCAAACACCAACACACAUCUCUUUGACAAAAUGUCUGACGCCACCGAGAAGAAGGAUACCGCUGCCCCCGCUGCUGCUGCUGCCCCCGCUGCUGCCGCCACCCCAUCUUUCGGCAUCCCCUCCGCCUCUUCCAGCCUGUCCGCCAUGGCUGACAAGCCCAAGGAGGAGCCCAAGAAGGAGGACGACAAGGAGGAGAAGAAGGAGGCCGAGGACGAGGCCCCUGAGUCUCCCGACGUGCACUUUGAGCCCAUUGUGCAGCUUGAGAAGGUCGAGAUUAAGACCGAGGAGGAGGAAGAGGAUGUUUUGUACAAGACCCGAGCCAAGCUGUUCCGAUUCGACAAGGAGGAGAAGGAGUGGAAGGAGCGAGGAACUGGAGACGCCAAGUUCCUGCAGCACAAGGAGUCCAAGAAGGUGCGACUUCUGAUGCGACGAGACAAGACUCUCAAGAUCUGUGCCAACCACAUCAUUGCUCCCGAGUAUGAGCUCAAGCCCAACGUGGGAUCUGACCGAUCGUGGGUCUACUCUGUCGGUGCUGACUUCGCUGACGGUGAGCCCACUGCCGAGCUGCUGGCCAUCCGAUUCGCCAACUCUGACUCUGCCAACACCUUCAAGGAAGAGUUCGAGAAGGCUCAGGAGGAGAACAAGAAGGCUUCCAAGUAA